AUGUUCGGUACCAAUUUAUCGACCCCGGAGGGAAAGGAAAAGCUUGCGGAAUUCCUACCGACUGCGUUAUCAAAUAAGGUGCUAUUGUUAUUAUUAUUAUUACUGUCAUUAUUAUUACUACUACUAUUAUUAUUACUAUUAUUAUUAUUAUUAUUAUUAUUAUUAUUAUUAUUAUUAUUAUUAUUAUUAUUAUUAUUAUUAUUAUUAUUAUUAUUAUUAUUAUUAUUAUUAUUAUUAUUAUUAUUAUUAUUAUUAUUAUUAUUAUUAUUAUUAUUAUUAUUAUUAUUAUUAUUAUUAUUAUUAUUAUUAUUAUUAUUAUUAUUAUUAUUAUUAUUAUUAUUAUUAUUAUUAUUAUUACUUUUGCUAUCAUCACUUUAA